ACCCAUCUGGCUAUCCCCCCCCCCUUCGCAUUCGCACAACAUGGCCUUCUCAGCGUCGUCUCCCAAAGAGGGUAUGCACUUCUCAGACAGGGCAAACGCUACCCUCUUCCCCACAGACGACCCAACCUUAAUAUCCUUCGACUACGGCGCUCCCGGCCCCACCCUCCUCCCCACCUCUCUCAUCACCCUCGCCGCCGCCGCCCGUUUCGCCCGCCCAGACGCAUCCAACGCACUGCAAUACGGGCCCGUGACCGGAGACAAGGAGUUCCGAUAUGAGCUCGCGCGGUUUUUGAGGAGGGAGUACGGGGAUGAGGACGUGGAUAUGGAACGGUUGGUGGUUACGAGUGGGGCUACGCAGGCUUUUUUCAAUCUAGUAACUAUCUUUACAAACCCCGCAACAGUGUUCCUCCUCGAAGACCCAACCUACUUCCUCGCCGCCAAAAUGCUCCGCGACCACCGCAUCCCCUCCUCCCGCAUGGUCGCCAUCGAAACCGACGCAGAAACCGGCAUCCGCGUCGACCUCCUCUCCACCGCCCUCGACUCCCUCUCCGCUCGUGAUCCUCAACCACCAGAUGUUGCCGGAACAUACCCCUACGUCCUCUACCUCGUCCCCACCCACUCCAACCCGACCGGCUCAACCGUCCCCACGCCGCACCGCGAAGAAAUCCUUCGUCUGGCCCGCAAACACAACAUACUCGUCAUCUGCGACGAUGUGUAUCAGCUCCUGCACUACGACACCGCCACGCCCCCGCCGAAACGACUUGUCGCGUUCGAUGAUCUGGCGGGUGAGACGGGCGGGAACGUGAUCUCCAAUUGCAGCUUCAGCAAGAUCUUCGCGCCCGGGGCUAGGUUGGGGUGGAUCGAAGCCCCGAAGCGGAUCGUGGAUGCCAUCAAGCUUGCCGCGGUCUCUUACAGUGGCGGCUCUCCCAACCACCUCACCAGCAACCUCCUCAUCCCUCUCCUCCACGACAACCACCUCCACACGCACCUCACCCACCUCCGCACCCAAUACUCCGCGCGUCUCACCGCCAUGCUCACUGCCCUCGACACCCAUCUCGGAUCCACGCCCGGUGUCAAGAUACAUCGCCCGAAGGGCGGGUACUUCGUCUGGGUGGAGUUACCAGCGGAUGUGGAUACGACCCUGUUGAGGAAACGUGUCGUGGAGGGGUUGCAGAGUGGGGAGGUGGGGCAGCAGCGGGUGACGUUUAAACAGGGGGCGGACUUUUCGAUGAGUGGGGAUGGAUGUAGGAAUGCGCUGAGGCUGGCGUUUGCGUACUAUGAGCCUGAGGUGAUUGCGGAGGGGGUGAGGAGGCUUGCGCUGGUGUUGAGGGCGGUGGGUGUGGGCGUUUAAAAGGGAUGGAAACGGAUGCGGGUUGUAGAUAGAUACGGUAGGUGCAUGGGACGGUGAGGGUGUGCUGAUGACGAUGCGUUCUGUGAGAUAUUUCCCCUGGUGAUGUGCGUAUGAGAUGUACUGUAGAUCGACAUUUUUGUGCGUUGUAUGAUACAGACUGUCAGGAGGUCAUUGCUAUAAGGAGCUCUCGUAUAAUCUUAGUCCACUCUCGCAAUUCAAGUCCUGCUC